AUGAAGCUGUCUCUGCUAAUAACGUUCCUGGCCGCUUCUGUUAAGGCUCAAUUUGAGAAGAGAGUCGUCGGCGGAUCAAACGCCGCCGCUGGAGAAUUCUCUUAUCAAGUGUCUGUUUAUUAUGGCACUUCACAUGAAUGUGGAGGAAGCAUUAUCGAUUCCAGACAUGUUCUCACUGCUGCUCAGUGCAUCUUUAAGCCGAUAGCGAGCCGAUUCAAGGUCAGAGUUGGCUCCACGAAGUACAUCUCCGGUGGGAAGUCAUUUCAAGUUUCAAAGAUCACCCAGCAUUCUGAUUACAAUGCCGACACGUUUGACAACGAUAUUGCCAUCCUUGAAUUACAGGAUAAUCUCGAAUUUGGGCCCAACGUCGCCGCUGUAGAGCUUCCCUUUUCUGAGCAAGACACUCCAGAGACAGGAGCCAAGUGCUCAGUCACCGGCUGGGGAUAUCCUACUCACGGUGCAGGGCAUCUUACCGCGGAUCUUCGAUUCGUCUACCUCGAUAUUGUUGAUCAUGAGACCUGCCUCAAAGCCUACGACUCAACUAAUCUCAAGGUGAAUGAUAAGUCAGUUUGUGCUGGUGUACCUGGUUCCAGUGGAGCGAAGGGCCUUGUUGGGGGGGGGGGGAUAUUGUGGCCCGCUUGUUGA